AUGGCCAACGAAGGCCGUGAUCCCGCCGGCCAGGAGUCGCGUCAUCCUGUCUCGCGCACCCGGGACUAUCUCGCCAUCCCUGCUCCGAUCAAACGCAUCUUCGACCGAUUUCCUCUCGUCACACUCCCUCCCAAUGACCUUCCUCACAGCUCGGGGGCGUCCCGCCGCGGGAAUGGACUCUUUGUUUUCACAGACGCUACGGGAGCCCGUCGCGGUCGACCGUCGUUCAACCCGCAAUGUCUCAAGUGGCAGGCCUACUUGAAAUUUGUCGGAAUCGACUUCGACAUCAUUCCAUCGAACAACCACGCGUCACCCACCGGUGCCCUUCCUUUCCUCCUCCCCGCGCAUCCGCCCCAGGCCAAUGGCCCGAUACCUUCCAACAAACUACAGAAAUGGGCCAUCGAGCAAGUACAUUGUGAAGAGGAGCAACAGCUCGAUGUGCGCUUCGAGGUCUAUGCGUCGCUGCUAGACCGCCGGAUACGGAAUGCUUGGCUAUACUCCCUCUACCUGGACCAAGGAAACUUCGAGGCCGUGGCCAAGAGACUCUACGUGGCGCCCGCAACGACAAAUUCACUCGUUCGCGCCACUCUUUCAAUACAGCUCCAACAGGCGGCUCGGGAUGAGAUCCUCAAGUCGUCGCAGUAUAUCGAUGUCAGUGCGCUGGAGGCCGAGGCGGCCGAUGCAUUCGAGGCACUCUCGACGCUUCUAGGAGACCAGCUUCACUUUUUUGGUCGCUCGAAUCCAGGGUUAUUCGAUGCCAGCGUGUUCGCAUACACGCAUCUAAUUCUAGAUGAGGGAAUGGGAUGGAAGCGCAAUCGACUGGGCCAGCUAUUGCAGCAGCAUGAGAACCUUGUACAACACCGGGAACGCCUACUCAAAUUCUUUUAA